AUGCCCGCUUUGGCUCAACACAAAGCACUUGCACAAGAUCUGAAGACAAAGAAGACCAAAUCCAGGAAUGGCUGUGGUCGAUGCAAGCUGAAGCGACUUAAAUGUGACGAGACUGCUGGAUCUUGCCUUCAAUGCAAGAAGAGGAAUGUCCCUUGCCCUGGUUACGAGAAGACCCUAAAGUGGUCCACCAAGUACGAGGUCUUCCAGCCUACAGAGCUCACAUCAUCUCCUCCCAAAUCAAGGGUAGCAUCAGCAGGUGUUCGUAAGCUAUCAAUCGCCACAAGCUCGUCGCUUCCUAAGAAUGUCUCGAACAGCAUUGAGGCACUCGCCGCCGUGCUUCCUAUCGGCAGGAGGAGCAUGGAUGUUGAGAUGAGUGGCAAUGACAAGCAAGCAAUACCUCUCAUGGCCUCACCACCAUUGCCAUCUCUGGAGGAGCCUAUUGCCAGUCUGGAAUCGUCUGAGGAGGAUGAGGACUCUCCACGAGACCUCGAGCCAUUCCCCAUGGAUGAUAUCCAUGUCCUGGAUCCUUGCUUGCUUGAUGGCUUCGUUGACGCCAUACCACUGCCCAAUGAGGACUUCCAUUUUGAUCACUUCGAGAGCACUGACCUAGACUCCACCGUGCUCGACGAAUUUCGUAGCUUCAGUGGUUUCGACUUCGACAACACCACACCCUUCGAGCACAACGAGGCUUCGAACGAGUCAUCUGUCUUGACCACUCGUGAGUCCAGCCGGGAAGCAAGCCCUCCGCGUCUCUCUCGUUCGUUGCUAUUAGGUUUCUACAGGCUCCCUAGCCCCACACCUAACCCCUCGUCGCCGGACGACCAGGAGUCACUUCUCAUUCAGCACUACUUCAAGGAUGUGUGCGCUGUUUUCUCUUCUUUCGAUUCACAUCUCAACCCCUUCAGGACCACCAUCGGUAAGAUCUACCAAGACUCACCUUCGAUCAGCUAUGCCAUUCAGUCAAUGUCUGCCGCUCACCUCGCCAACACCUUCCCAUACAUGGCAGCCAUCGGCACCGAGCUUCAGCGCAAGGCUGUUGCAGCCCUUCAGGAGGAGCUACCCCUGGCGCAAGCUGGACAGGUCAGCUGCACAAGGACGUUCCUUAGUAUCAUGAUACUAGGUUUCACCACCUCGUGGCACGACAGCAAUUCUCUCGGCACAGAAUUCCUUUCCACAGCUCGGGGUCUGAUCUUGCCUAAGCUGAUGGAUCGGUCGCAGAACACCGAGGUCCAGCGUGAGGCACAGUUCUUUGAGGAGUCUCUCAUCUACUGGGAGAUGGUCAUGGGCUUCGUGACAGAGGAUGCCAUGAGCUUUUCGCGACCUUCAGGCAUGCGCCCUAGGGUGGUGUCAAACAAGCAGGGUACUCCUGCAGGCAGACGCCCGGACGGCAAGUUAGUUCCUCACCCAUGGACCGGCGUUGCACCAAUGAUCCAAGCUCUCCUUGCUGAAGUCGGCCGCCUUGUUCGCAGUGAGCGAUCACUCAACAGGGACUCGGUCAUGGACCUCAUCCGUCGUCAAGAGAACCUUCUCAACGCAACUUCUGUGGAAGAGGAUCUUCUGGCUGUCGACUAUCCUUCGGUUGACGAGAUUGCUGACACUGGUGACGACCGCACACCCAAGGAGCACUUCACUGUGCUUGCCGAGGCCUAUCGCUGCGCUGGUUUGCUCGAGCUUUACCGCGUCUUCCCUUCGAUCCUCCGGAAGCGCUUGGGCGGCAACAAGCUGCCUGUCUCUGAGAACGUUGACUUCCGCUUCCCGAUGCCUCGUUUUGAGACUCCGUACGAGGAUGCCGAUAUGAAGCUGUGGCUCAACUCCCUCGCCAUGCACAUCCUGCAGAUGAUGGAAUCCCUGCCAGCAUCUUCGGGCACAUUUUGCGUUCAGCAACUUGUCCUCACCGUCGCUGCCUGUGAGCUCAAAUUCGUAUCCUCGGUUGACUUCUUCGACGUGCAUGCCAACGAUCAAAAGGUCCUCGACGCACGAGAGAAGGUCAUUCGACGCUUGGAGGUCUAUGCCCAUCGUGUGCCUGGUAAACCACUCCGUCAAUUGAUCACGUUGAUCAAGGAGACAUGGCGGCAGUCAGAUGAGGGUAAAGAUACCUUCUGGAUCGACGUCAUGAACGAGAAGGGGUGGCACACCAUAAUAUAA